CCGUCGCUUUGAUGACGUUUGUCUAUUUCCAUAAUUCCCAACUUCCUGGUACAUGUGAGAGAGUAAGUGGAACUACAAAAUUGCAGCAACAACAAAAGAAUGGCCGAUUUAAAUAGACAGCUGAAAGAGUACUUGGCACAGUCCAAAGGUAAUUCUAAGAAUGCGUCGCAGUCCAGCUUGAACACGGUUGUCGACAUGGAUGAAGAAAAUGGCUCAGUGAACGGGAGCUGGUUUGGUCGUUGGUCAAGUCCCUUUUCGGGUUCUAGCAGCAGCAGCUCCACAGGCCAAGGGUCAAACACCGGCUUUUCCUGGCCAUGGUCGUCCGAACCAGAUCCGUGUUUGCCGGGUGUGAGUCGUUCGCAGAGACUGCUGGCGUUCGGAGCCUGCAUCGCACUCUCCGCGCUCUGUUUCGGACUGUCGGCUUUGUACGCGCCUCUGUUGCUCCUGAAAGCCCGGAAAUUCGCUCUUCUGUGGUCUCUCGGAUCGGUUUUCGCUCUCCUCGGUGCGGCCAUACUGCGGGGACCCAGCAAGCUCAUAGCGACACCGACUCCCGGUGCUGCCGUGUAUCUGUGCUCUCUUGCGGGCACCCUGUACGCAGCGCUGAGCCUCCACAGUACUCUGCUCACCGCCCUCGGUGCAGCGCUUCAGAUCGCCGCAAUCAUCGGCUAUAUUGUCGCAUUGCUCCCCGGCGGAAGCACCGGCAUACGGUUCAUGGGUGGCUUGGUAGCGUCGGCUGUCAAGAGGACUGUUUCGGGGAAGACUAUGCCAAUUUGACACUGACUUUGGAAAACUAGCUAACUAACUUUUUUGUGAGUGAUGGCCACUGUUCACUACACUCACGAGGGCAUAGGAGUGGACAUUUCGGUCUGUGGAUAAGAUGAGUAUUCUGUACUAAUACACCGUUUGAGGUUCCAUUCCGAGUAAUUUCUGGAGUAAUCUGCUCAACGUUCAGACGAAGCAGUUCUACUUUGCCCGUGUCUGGACUCCAUGGAAAAUGGUAGCACUCAUAUGGGAGUUUAUGGACUAAAGGUAUUUUGACAUCAGCCCUCAUUUUAAAGGAUUAAGACAAGUCACUAGAAUGAGGUGUUGCUGUAUCUGAAAUUUACGUUUAUAAAUGACAGAAUUUCCAGUGGAAAAGAAACUUAAGAGAGUUAAACGUUUCUUACUUUCAAUCAUUGUACAACUGUGAUGUAUCUAUAGAUUUGAUAGGUGAUAGUUUUUACAAAGUAUCACCAGUCAAAUUUUCCAAGCUAAUAAAUUCUUGAAAUUAAUAAAGUAUACUACUGCAACUGUUGAGCUUCUAUAGCUAACCUUUUCAGAGUCUUGCAACUGACUUUCAGCCUCCUCACAGCAAGUUUCUUUUUGGAAUAAUAUUCCUACUGGUAAACAUUUGGUUUCACAGGUUAACUGAAAAGAAA